AUGCCUUUCGUUAAGACUGUGAAGUCGGACGCGUACUUCUCGCGCUACCAGGUCAAGUACCGUCGCCGCCGCGAGGGUAAGACCGACUACUACCAGCGCAAGCGCCUCGUUGCGCAGGCCAAGAACAAGUACAACGCGCCGAAGUACCGCCUCGUUGUUCGUUUCUCGAACCGCUUUGUUACCUGCCAGAUCGUUCACGCUAAGAUCCAGGGUGACUGCGUGCUCGCCCACGCUUCGUCGCGUGAGCUGCCCCGCUACGGUAUCAAGCACGGUCUCGCUAACUGGACCGCUGCCUACGCCACUGGUCUGCUCGUUGCCCGCCGUGCUCUGAAGAAGCUCGGUCUCGACGAGAAGUACGCCGGUCAGGAGGAGCCGGAUGGUGAGCUCACCUUCACCGAGCCCCUCGGUGACGACGAGCCCCGCCCCUUCAAGUGCUACCUUGACGUGGGUCUCAAGCGCACCUCGACUGGUUCGCGUGUGUUUGGUGCCAUGAAGGGUGCCUCGGAUGGUGGUAUCUACAUCCCGCACAACGAGCGCCGCUUCCCCGGCUACGACGUUGAGCUGAAGGAACUCGACGCUGAUGUGCUCCGCAACUACAUCUACGGUGGUCACAUUGCUGAGUUCAUGGAGUCACUUGAGGAGGAGGAUGACGAGCGCUUCAAGAAGCACUUCUCGUCGUACCUGAACGACGACAUUGGCAGCGAGGACAUUGAGGAGAUCUACGAGAACGCCUACGAGGCGAUCCGUGAGGACCCCGACUUCCGCCCGACUGAGAAGACGAAGGACUGGGCUGCCGAGUCGAAGAAGUACAAGCAGACCAAGCUUACCUACGACGAGCGCAAGGCCCGUGUCCAGGAGAAGAUCGCCCGCGUCAAGGCCGAGCUCAACAUGGAGUAA